UUAAGUGUCAUAUCUCAGCUAGCCCUAUAUAUAUAGUCUCUUGACAUUGCACAGAGUGUAUGAUGACAGAAGAGCCUAAAUGGAGUUUGAGGACAUUGUGAAAUCUGAAUGAGCUCAAUAUCCGCAAUCUUACAAGACUGUGAAUGGAUUGUGCCAGAUAAAAGCACAAAAAGUAUGGGAUAAGAGCUAAGCUUUAGUUUUUUCCCCUUACAGUUUAUUAUAUCACGCUCGUCAGAUGUUAAGAUGUCUUAUUUUCUACAUUAUAUGCAGCCUUAAAGACCUUAGACAACAACAACAACGCUGCCAGUGGAUUCCCAAACAUGGUUACAAACCUACAUCCUUGGGUGGCUUAGCAGAGCAGGACCAACCUUCAAAUAUUCAUCAUUAAAAAGCUAAAAGUGGAUGCUUCAGUUUGUAAAUUGUAUACAAGUGACAGGGGCCAACCUCCUGUACACAACUGAUAAGGACAUGGAAGCGCACAUCACUAUGCAAACACUGAACACAUCCUGCUAUGCACCUGCGCACUGGUUCUGUGGAAGAAGUAUUAAAUGGGAGCGGCCAGACCUUCCACCUCUAUCGUGGAUUCUGUGUCAUUAAUGCCUGGCUGAUAGGAUGAACAGCUAGUGCCUUCAGAUAAAGAAAACUAUUGAGUGAUUUUAGCUUAAAUUGUUGCUGUUGAGAAGUGGACGCACCAUGGUCAGUGUGGAGUUUAAAGCAUGUACUAUGCCGGUGGGUAUAGUGCGUGUCCUGGAGGUGGUCUUGACUUGUAUCACUUUCAGCCUGGUGGCUUCAGUGGGAACCACCACAGCCGCCUUCUGGACCUGGUGCAUGUUCACCUGGUGUUUCUGCUUCUCUCUCACAGUCCUCAUCCUCUUCUUUGAGUUCACCACUCUCAACUCCAAGCUGCCCAUCUCCUGGGAGGACUUCACCUGUGCGUUUGCUAUGCUCGCUACACUGAUGAUCCUGGCAGCUUCCAUCAUCUACCCUGUAAACUACACCUGCUCCAACUGCCCCAGACAGAUUGGUGCCAGUGUCUGCUCCUGCCUGGCCUUCAUCUUGUACGCCAUUGAGGUGGGGUUGACCCGGGCUCAACCUGGGGAGAUCAGUGGAUUCCUCUCCACCGUUCCAGGACUUCUGAAAGUGCUUGAAGCCUUUGUCGCCUGCAUUAUCUUCAUUUGCCUGAACUCCUAUCAGUACACGAGGUAUCCUGGUCUCCAGUGGUGCGUGGCUGUCUACUGCAUCUGCUUCAUCUUUGCCCUUCUCAUCAUCCUCUUCACCAUAGGUCGAUUGCUGAGUCUGUUCCCUGCACCAUUUGAUAAAGUUUUGACAUUUGUGAACAUGCUGGCAGUGCUUAUGUAUAUUACAGCUGUGGUCAUCUGGCCAUUUUACAGCUUCAAGAACAAUCCAAGACCUAACAUCUGCAACACCUUUUAUAACUGUCAGUGGAAUAAGUUGGUGGUGAUCUCCUUUAUGACUUGUGUCAAUCUCAUUGCCUAUAUUGUGGAUACUGUUUACUCAAUGAGGCUGGUUUUCUUUGUUAGUAGGACAUAGUUAUCAUGUAAAGUGUAAAUAAAUUAGAAAAAGAAUAUAUUAUGAAAACAUACACUUCCAAACUUUUUGUGCCUAGAGCUAUUAAAAGUGUAAUAAAUG